AUGUCAUUACGUGAAGCCGGCUCAAAACGUUUGAAACAGCUAGAACAGUGUUAUUUGAAUGUAUCGCGUGGUGAAGAUGUCCUCUCCAUUGAAUCAUUGAUAGAUGCUCUCAUAUGUUUAUUCGAUGAAUGCUGUAGUUCAACGUUACGUAAAGAAAAAAAUAUCGCCGAUUUCGUUGAAUAUGUGAAACCAGUAGUAGUGAAAGCGAAAGCAUUACGGUUAUGUCGAGAAGAUUUCGAAGUACUCAAAGUAAUUGGACGUGGUGCGUUUGGCGAAGUAGCUGUCGUACGAAUGCGCAAUACCGAAAGGGUAUAUGCGAUGAAAAUAUUGAACAAGUGGGAAAUGUUGAAGCGAGCUGAGACAGCAUGCUUUCGAGAGGAGCGGGAUGUCUUGGUGCACGGAGAUCGCCGUUGGAUAACUAGUCUUCAUUAUGCCUUUCAAGAUGAGCGAAAUUUGUACUUAAUAAUGGAUUACUAUGUGGGUGGUGAUUUACUAACAUUAUUGUCGAAAUUCGAAGUACGGAUACCUGAAGAUAUGGCACGAUUUUAUAUUGCUGAAAUGGUACUUGCUAUUGAUUCAGUUCAUCGAUUAGGAUAUGUACACAGAGAUAUUAAACCGGAUAACGUAUUAUUGGAUAUUAAUGGCCAUAUUCGUUUAGCUGAUUUUGGAAGUUGUUUGAAAUUGCUUCCUGAUGGGACUGUUCAUUCUAAUGUUGCUGUCGGCACACCUGAUUAUAUAUCACCCGAAAUACUACGAGCAAUGGAAGAUGGUCGUGGACGUUAUGGUGCAGAAUGUGAUUGGUGGUCUCUCGGCAUAUGCAUGUAUGAAAUGCUCUAUGGAGUUGCUCCAUUUUAUGCUGAAAGUUUGGUGGAAACAUAUGGAAAAAUUAUGAGCCAUCAAGAAAUGUUAGAUUUUCCGGAUGAUAUUGAUAUCUCGGAAGAAGCGAAAGAUUUAAUGAAACGACUAAUUUGUCCACGUGAAACACGCCUUGGCCAAAAUGGUUUCGUUGAUUUUGCAUCGCAUCCAUUCUUUGAAGGUAUCGAUUGGGAAGCUAUCCGUGAAAUGGAUACACCGUAUCGACCAGAAGUGUCAAGUCCUACGGAUACAUCAAAUUUCGAUGUGGAAGCAUGCUCGCCGGAUUUCACACCUUGUGACACGAAACCACCUAAUGUUACCGCGCCAUUUACUGGUCAUCAUUUACCCUUUAUAGGAUUUACUUACACUCACGACAGCAUGAUGUCGGACUGCAAGAGCUUGUCCUUAUCAGGAUUAGAUUCAAGUGCUGAUUCAUUACCAGCCUUAACGGCCGAAGCAUAUGAAAGGAGAAUACAAAGACUUGAGCAGGAAAGAACGGAACUUUCCCGGAAAUUUCAAGAGGCAAAUCACCUGAUACAGACACGUUUUCAUGGUUCAGCUCCUGAUGGUGGGACAGUGAGUGAUUCAACUAAGUACGAGCAAACCAUAGCUCAAUUAAAAGAUGAAGUGCAGAUUUUGAAAAAACGCUUGGCGGAAGAAAAUAGUUCAUCGAUGAGACCAGCGAAAGAUUCAAAUCAAGAAGAAUUAGAAAAGAAAAUAAAAGAACUGAAAGAAAAGAAUCGACAAUUAAUUUUGGAUAAGCAAGAUCUACAACGGGAUUUGGAGGAAACAUCUGAGAGGUUAACAAUACAAACAAGGGAACUAAAAGAAGCUGUAAAGCAUCGAGAUUUGGCUAAGCAAGAUUACGAUGAACUUAAUACGGCAUUACUAGAUGAACGAGAUAAAUUGAAACGUUCCGAAAAAUUAGCCAAGGAACGGGAGUCAGAACUUUUUCAGUUGCAACAGAAGUUGGAUGUGUUUAAAUCGGAACUCCGAAGGCUUGAAAGUGUUCGAAAAGAAAUGGAGGCAACAGCAGAACGAGCCCACCAAGAUUUGUCAAGCGAACGUUUGUUGCGUGAAACGUUGCAAACAAAACUUGCAUCGCAGGAAUCGAAAACUGAAAGUGAAGAGGUAGCACGAUUAACAUCAGAGUUGCAAAAAGUAAACGUACGUUACGCAGAAAUGGUUGAUUCGGAGGAGAAAAAACGUCAACAAACGGUGGAAUAUUGGAAAUCACAAAUGAUCGAUCUACAGAAUAGUUUGGAUCAACAGCAAAAGGAGUCAAUGAAACUGAAAGAACGUCACGAUGAGGAAAGAACGGAGUGGCGUACAAAACAUGAGGAGCAAAUAGUUAGCAUCGAAAAUCUUUAUGAAAGAAGGUUAAAGUUGUUGGAAGGAGAAAAUUCUCGGCUUGGUACUGAGAAUGAUGAGUUGAGAAAUGACAUGAACAAAUUACAGUCAGAAAUCAAAUCGCGGCUGUCAACAACACUUCCAUUUCCCAACACAUCCGGUCUUACUGAAAGCCAACUUCAGGAAUUAUUGCAAUGGGUUAAUGAUGAAAAAGAUGCAAGAGACUCACUGCAGAAUCUGGCAACUCGCCUACAUGGAGAUGUGGAAUCGCUCAAAAUACAAUCAUCAUCAAUAAAUAAUACUUAUUCAAAUGGAAUUCCAGUAGCGGCAAGCGGACCAGAGCGUGGUGGUUGGGGAUCACGACGAGUGAAUAAACAGACAAAGAUUGAGCUCUUAGAAGCUCAACAAGCUUUGCAGUCAGAAAUACGCGCUAAACAGCAGCUUCUGGAAGAACUUAAGAAGAUCAGAUCUGCUUAUUUAGCUACAAAGCAGCGUUUAGAUGAAUCUGAUAAACAGAUUGCCGAGCAAAAUCGUGAAAUCGAACGCUUAACUGAUGAAAAAGAGCAAUUGUCUCGAAUUUUAGCACAGCAUUCGGAUUUUCCGGACCAAAGCAGCUCUUUUUUCAGCGUUGUUGGUGGCGUAAGCAAUGAUAGGUUGUCAUCAGUUCAAAAUGUCUCGAUGUUAUAUCGCGAAAGUUUCGGUAGUAUUUCUUCCCCAGCAAAUGGAAGUGAUUAUGAAGUUUCAAAUAGUUCGUUGAGACGACAUCAGCAGUUGAAGCAACACUCUUUUAAUAGUAGUACUUCACCGUCGUCACUUCCAACAUACGAGAAUACUAGAGUUCUUACGCCGACACCGAGUACCGCUUCAACACUGGUUAUGGGUACACAAGGAAGAGGAGCUAGUCCAAAAGUUAUUCAGACUUUGAAUAAUGCAUUGAAUGGUAAAGGUCAUCGAUUUUCACAUAUACACUUACAAACACCAUCGAAAUGUGCUUACUGUACAUCAGUUCUAAUCGGCUUGGAUCGACAAGGACUCUUCUGUCAAGACUGUCAGUAUGCAUGCCAUGUUGCUUGCUUGCCGAAAGUACCGUUGGUUUGUCCGGUUCCGCCAGAAGCAAGAAGACCAUUAGGUAUUGAUCCGCAAAGAGGAACAGGCACUGCUUAUGAAGGAUUAGUUAAAACACCAAAACCAUCUGGGGUCAAACGUGGUUGGCAGUCGACGUAUGUUGUUGUAUGCGACUUUAAGCUAUAUCUGUACGACUGUAGCACAGACAAAAAUGGAAAAGCGAUCGAUAUUCAUCCAGUUAUCAGACAGGUUUUGGACAUGCGUGAUACGGAUUUCACAGUAACAGGUGUUACGGAAGCCGAAGUUAUUCACGCAUCAAAGUCUGAUUUACCAAAAAUAUUUCGCAUAACAACAAGCCAAAUUCACGGUACACUGCCAACAUCGGGUAUCAACACGACGGGAUCCACGUCAAGUAACGGAAGCGCAUCAUCUGAAGGACCUGUUUCACGACAAUACACUCUUCUCAUGGCAGAUGAUCCUGAUGAAAAGACGAAGUGGGUAAUUGCUUUGAAUGAACUAAAAAGUCUUCUACGUCGAACAAAACUCGUUGAUAAGAGUGCUUUUAUGGUUAAGGAAGUGUUUGAUUCGUUAACAUUUCGUGAGCUUCGAAAUGCGCAGUGUGCUGCAAUUAUAGAUAAAAGCAAAAUUGUUAUGGGUUUCACAGAUUAUGGUUUAUAUGCGGUCGAUUUGGAUCGUGAGUCAAUUACAAUGGUUGGUGGUGAGAAGGAAAACAAUAAACGGACAGUUGAGCGAGUCGAGUAUAAUGCGGAAGAACAGCUAUUCGUGGUAUUGGUUGGUCCACAAAAAGAUCGUCAUGUUCGUCUAAUACCAAUGGCUGCACUUGAUGGCCGUGAUUUGAAGUGGAUUAAAGUAGCAGAAACAAAAGGUUGUCAUCUUAUGACGGUGGGUGCUGGUAGCUCGAGCGAUCCAUGCCAUUAUUUCUGCGUCGCAAUCAAGAAAUCGGUACUCGUUUUCCAAAUUGAUCGAAGUGAAAAAAGACAUCGAAAGGUUCGAGAAUUGGCAAUGCCCGGACAGCCGCAAACAAUGACAGUAAUGCGUGGUAAACUGUGUGUUGGUUAUCCGUCCGGUUUUCGCAUGUGGGAUCUUGUGGAUAACACUACUACUGCAUUGGUAAAUUUUGAAGAUUCUUCACUUCAAUUUCUUAAUCAAACAUUAUAUGAUGCUCACUUAAUUAUCAAUGUUAGCGGGUAUGAGCAAAAGGAAUUUCUUUUGAUAUUUUCACGUCUUGGUGUUUAUGUGGAUGCACAAGGUCGUCGAUGUCGCUCACAAGAACUGAUGUUUCCUGCGGAAGCAUCAUCGGGUGGUUUUGUCUAUAUGGCGCCUCAUUUAUGUGUUUAUUCAGCUAAUGAAAUUGAUAUUUUCAAUGUGAAUAGUGCUGAGUGGGUGCAAACUGUCAAUUUAAAUAAGGCAUUUCCGCUGACGAGUAACGGGUUAUUGACAAUGUGCAUGGUGAACGAUAUGCCAUACGUCGUGUUACUUUCGGAUGUGCUCUCAGAUGAAGAUGCAGUAAAUAUUCCUGUUUGGACAUCGUCCAGCGUUUCGAAUGCAGUUUCUUUGAAAGGCAUGGCUGCCAAACGUCGGCGAAAAUUCUCUAUACGUACAUCACGUGAUGAUGAUCGACAUGGAAGAAUUGGUGAUCGUCGAAGCCAGUUACCUAUCAGUGGUCCAUCUGAUUUUGUCCAUAUUGUUCAUAUGGGUCCUGGAGCAGGAUUGGAAUUACAAAAUUUAAUGGAUUUAAAACAACUUGGUCCUGCAACUCAUUCGCAAAGUAGUAUUGGAAGCGGUACUGCUGAUAAGGUACGUCAACUUAUUAACCCGAUAAUGCGUUCGAGCAGUACGGCGACAGCUAAUUUGCAUGGUGCGCAAACUUUAAGUAAUACUUCCCGACGUGAUUUUGAAUUGAUGCAGUCCAAAACUCGCCCAUUGAGUUCUCAUAGCAAAAGUUCAGAUGGUAAGCUUUAUAGUUAUCGUGGAGAAGAGUGGCCACUCAAUUCACUGCUGUACAAUAGCUUUUUUAAGACACAAUGGCAUUCUUGCACAUUUUAUUUACCAAGUCAAAAAAUUCAUUCUGUGGAACACCCGGGACCAAUGCGACGUCCUGUGAGAGCAAAUUCGCAAUUGACAACGGCGGUUCAAACGUCAACUGCAAACCGAAAUGAAAUGGCACGUAUAUAG